GGCAUCCGGGCUAAAACUGUGCCCAACAGGGAGUAAAUAAAAAUAAAGAAAUAAAAAAGUGAAUACAUACUGCAUAUUUAAAUACAUAUUUAGUCCUAAUAAAAAAUAUAGGCUAAAAUAAAGGCUAUAGUAUACAGUAAAUGGAAAAUUUGAAUAUUGGAGUUAUUUUGGCUAUGAAGCUGAGAUAAUCUUGAAAUGUAAGUGCAUUUUGACCAGAUGCUGACUUGUUGGUACUAUAGUGAAACUAUGUCUGGUGUCUUGAGACAAUUACGUAUCCUCAGACCAUUGGUAGCUGAUCCCUAAUUCUUUUCACAUACCAGCAAUACAAUCAAAUGGCAUAUACUGUAUAACUGCUUUGGGAAAAGCAUCCUAAUCCAUGAUCAAGAUGAUGCACUUAAAUGCACUUCACAGAAAAAUUGAGGCCCGUUGAGGCACCUUUGUUCCUUCAAAAGAAACCGAGAUCGAUCAAACCAGGCUACGUUUUUCAAGUAUUCAAUAGUUCAGUUUUGGUGAGCCUAUGCCCACUUCUGUCUCAGAUUCCUGUUCUUGGCUUACAGAAGUAAAAACCUGAUGUGGUUUUCUGCUGUUGCAGCCCAUCAGCCUAAAUGUGCAACAUGCUGUGCAUUCUGAGAUACUUACCCCAGUUGUACUUCUGGUUGAACAUUUCCUGAAGCUGCCAUAUCUGCAUGAUAGGUUUUAGAAAACUGGUGUUUUUUCACACACUGUUCAUUUCUGCUAUAGUGUUUUCAGAGACUAGGUUAAAUCUUCUGAUGUAAUUUGCUGUGUCUGAAAACCCUGAACUAGUGCUGCACUCAUUCUGGACUUUGAUUGCUGUCCUCAUACCAACUCAAUUCACACUGUCCGAUAUGCAGCAACCUGAGAAUUAUUUAAGACCAAGUGCUAAUAAACUGACGUGUGUGCAUGCGCGCGCGUGUGUGUGCGUGAGUGUGUGUGUGUGUGUGUGUGAGACACUCAUCUGGGUAUUUAGUCAGACGGCAGAUCCGGGUUUCUCGCUACAAUUUCUGGUGAUCUGUGGAAAGAAGGACAAAGACUCCUUAAAAGUAUGCCUGACGUUUACCUUCAAAACAAACCUUGCAUUAACAAGAACUAACAAGCACUGGACUGCAGCAAAGUCAUUUCAGGAGCAGAUGAGGAAAUGAACCUUUGGUUGCUAUGGUGGAUGAGCCCCCUCAGCUUUUCCCUACAGUUGAUGUUCCUGAUCACGCACACUACUCUGUUGGUGCAGUAAUCUUCACCAUUGGCAUCACCGGCAUCGUGGGCAACUUUCUGGUCAUCUAUGCUUUCACCAGGAGUCAAACUCUUAGGACUCCUGCCAACAUGUUUAUAAUAAAUCUGGCCAUCACAGACUUCUUCAUGUGUGCCACUCAGUCACCGAUAUUCUUCAUAACCAGUAUGCACAAGAGAUGGGUGUUUGGAGAGAAAGGUUGUGAGCUGUAUGCGUUCUGUGGAGCUCUGUUUGGGAUCUGCUCCAUGAUCACUUUAAUGGUCAUCGCAGUAGAUCGCUACUUCGUCAUCACACGACCCCUGAGCUCCAUCGGUAUGCUGUCCAAGAAGAAGGCACUGCUUGUCCUGAUAUGUGCCUGGCUGUAUUCUCUGGGCUGGAGCCUACCACCCUUCUUUGGCUGGAGUGCCUAUGUUCCUGAAGGUCUGAUGACAUCUUGUACUUGGGAUUACGUGACCUUUAUUCCCUCAGUUCGGGCCUACACAAUGCUGCUCUUUAUCUUUGUCUUCUUCAUUCCUCUCAUCAUCAUCAUUUACUGUUACGUCUUCAUCUUCCAUGCCAUUCGUAAGAGCAAUCAGAAUGUAAGGAAGAUUGACAGGUGUAAUACCAGAGACACUGUGAAGAGAUUCAACAGGAUGAAGAAAGAGUGGAAAAUGGCCAAGGUUGCUCUGAUUGUCAUCCUGCUCUAUGUCAUCUCCUGGUCUCCCUAUUCAGUUGUGGCCCUUACAGCAUUUGCUGGGUAUGCAGAUAUGCUGACACCAUACAUGAACUCAGUACCUGCUGUCAUAGCCAAAGCUUCAGCAAUCCACAAUCCCAUCAUUUAUGCUAUCACACACCCCAAAUACAGAGUGGCUAUAGCGAAGUAUAUCCCAUGUCUGCGUGUGCUGCUGUGUGUUCCUCAGAGCGAGCUUCACUCUCUCCACAGCAGUUUUAUAUCUACCAGACUCUCAACUAUAACCAACCGAGCCUCGGAUGUGUCUGGGAACUUGUCCCAAAGCAGUACAGUAAAAUCCUACAUCUCCUCUGCCUCUGAUGGUGAAUCUGAUGGGAAUGACAGCAGUGACGGUGCAGCAAUUAGGCUCCCCAGAAUCGUGGUCACCUCUGAGUCUGGCCUGUUUUUGACUUAUGAGAAUUGAAAUAUUGUGUAAUUGUACUCCAUGCUGUGUUGAUAAAAUACUGUUUGUUGUUGGUUUGAUUAUUCAUAAUGCUUUUUAUCUUUAAUCAAAGAAGUGAUUUAUUAUAUAAUACCAGCCUCUCCAACCCAAUGAUGUCAUUUAUCAUUACAUAAUCAUUUCAUUCAUUCAGAAUUGUAAAGUGUUGUCACAAUUCUGCUGGAGUUUGUCUAUAUUUUGUGUAACUCAAGGGUAUGUUAAUAUGAAUAUACUGUAUAUGUCAAAGCAUGCAUUGAACAUCACAUCAAACAGGAAUUUAGGUGGGUUUAUCAAUGUUCUGUAAAUGUGGUUCCUCUUAUUUAUUUAAUAUAAUUUCUUUUAAAUAAAG